CGAUGCACAUCGUCGUUCUCGUCGUCGUAUAGUUUGAUUAAAAGUUUGUGUUUUAGCAGGUUUUCAAGACCGUGCGUGGGUCCGUGCUAGUUGUUCGUGUGUUUUCCCAAAACUGUGCACCAAAAACGAGCGUCUUUUGAAGUGAAUAAAAGCAGCAGCAAUUUCCGUGCAUUGUAUGUGUGGUGUGCGUGCAUGAAAAACCAAUAGAGAGAGAAAAGUGUGGUGUGUCCAGCAGCUGUGAGUGAGUGUGUUGUGUGAACAUCAAUCGUACGUACAGCAAGGGGAGGGAGAACAGUGAAUUGCAUCGAGUGCAUCGAGUGCAUGUGCAGCAGAGGAGUUAUUGGCUGCGAUGCCGUUCACCUUCCAGCAGUAAACAAAAGAUUUUUGGAAGUCGCCAUUAGCAGCCCUUGAGGUUAAAACGAAGCACGAACGGGAGAACGCACUGAGUAGGCUGAGCGAGAGUGGGUUGGUAGUGGCUGCGACGGCGUUCCCCGAAUCGCAGCAACCCUCGCAACCCGGGAGGACGACGACGAAGACGCGAGAGGGCGACGAACGUGUCACGGUCACCGCAUCGCCGUCUCCGAUGGUAGCAGCAGCAGCCGUGCCACCGCCGACCGCGCACCGAGGAGCAGUUAAUCACGAGACGUCUUUCGUGCCGGUCGUGUAGAGUAGAGUGCCGUGUGGUGUGGUGUGGUGUGGUGUGCGGUGAGUAGAGAGACCCCCUCCUCUCUCACCUCGUUCCCAAAUCGAGCGCGCUAGUAGCAUGACGAAUCCCGGCGGCACCGCAACAAACAACGGCCGGUACCCCGGAUGACUUCAUCCGUUUGUUGUCGGCGUGUCGGUGUGAAGGUCGUCGAGUUUUCGUUGUUCGUCGUGUGUGUUUUGUGUGUGCAGCAGCGAGUGGGGUGCAUUCAGCGGUUACUACUCUAGUGUACAACCCAGCACCGACUGCUGCAUCCUUGUACUAAAAAAAGUGUACUAAAAAGUGUCGUGUCGUGAGAAAAAGUGAAAAGCGCAGUAAAUCCUGCACCCGCGAUAAAAAAAAAAGUCGAUAGUCGUGUGGCAAAGCGCAAAAGGAGAAAGAGAAAGUGCGACACGGCCGGUCCGUGAUUUUCGGUGGUUCCGUUCCGUUGUGUGAUCGAUUCGGCCCCCGGAGAGAAGAGGGGGUUUGUGUUUUGGUUUUGGUCGGCAAACGAAAUAUGAUGCAGGGCAGCACCGCCACCGGUGAAAGUUUUGCCACGAUUCUUCACGCCUUUGACCACCAGCACGACGACGGUUACCGCCGGUGCCACCGUGGUUUAUCCGGUGUGUGACGCACCAAAUCUUACUUGGUUAUCUAUCUCCCGUCCCGGGGAAAAGUGGCAAAAUCGCAUUAGUGACGUGUGUGUGUGGUGUAUGUGUGAUUGUUUGUGAGUGUCGCGAUCGCCCGAAAACCGGUCCUCGUCAACUAAAGCACUCUCGAGGAAGUGCGCCACGAUUUCGCCGAUAUUACAGCACAACGCACAGCAGGCCGUGCCAGUGAUCAAGCCCGCGCGCGCGAGAGAGAGAAAUUAUACAAUAAUCUUGUGGCGUCCACACUCCGUCCUUUCGCAAACGCCACCAGUGGCCACUCGCCAAAGGAUGAAGAGCAAGAGGCCAAUCAUCGACGGUGCCAUCGGGUACGAUCGCUUCCUUCCUCUUGUGGCACCAGCAGCAGCACCAGCAGUCCGCAGCAGCGAACGGCGCGUUUGCAUUUGAAGAGAGUGAAAGUAGUGUUGUCGUUAUUGAUGCAUUCCCGCCCGCCCGCUCUUUCGCGCAAACACCAAGUUUUAGGUUAAGGAGAAGGUGAAAAAGAGAUCGUGCAGACGUCGUAGUAGUAGGGAUCGUAGAUAAAGAAAUCGCAACCAGCGAGGCAAGCAGGCAGGAAGGAAGGAGGUGAUCCCCCCGUGAUUUGCAGCCAAGAUGAAUUCCGUCUUUUCUGCAUUUAAAUCCUCAACGACGAGUGGCGUGAGUGCAACCUCAAUGGUAUCUUCAACCAGCGAUGCUGCCACCACCGGUGGUGGUGCGAUCAAGAUGAACGGAAGCAUCACCACCAGCAGCAGCAGCAGCAGCAUCAGUAGCGCCAGCAACAAACAUGAACCGACCAGCGUGGCAACGAGCAACAACGGUGUUGCCAACUGUCCCAAGCCACCACCACCGACGACGACGACGAAGCUGCUGUUGAACCUGAAAACGCACCGCCCCCCGGUGACGGACCAUCCACCGAGCGGAAGCUACGAAAAGUUGCGCCACAUCCGCGAGAUCAGCAACCCGGUCGCGCUAGACCACGGAGUGGUGGUAGUCGACGCGGCCCCGCCAUCGAGUGACUCCUCCAUCGCCACCACACCGGUACAGAGCCCAUCGGCAUCGGAAUCACCGUCGAUCGGUUCGUCUGCGAGCAUAAACGGGCACCACGAGCAUCAUGGUACCUGCGCCAAUGGUAGUGGUGCCAUUGCUGCAACGCGAAUCAUCGGCAUCGAUCAGGUGGAUAGCCAUCCACAUCAACAGCAGCAGCAGCAGCAGCAACACCGUCCAUUGCACCAUCCUCAUCUACCGCAACUACCUUCUACGCUCGUCGGUGGCAGCAGCAGCACCACAGCACCACCGACCACCGUGCUGGCCAUCAAACCACCCUCCGGUGCAUCGUCGUCAUCGUUGGUGGCGUCCAGUACCGGCACAACGAAUGCCACCACGGUGUCCGGGUGUCCAGGCAGUAGCGCCAGUAGCAGCAACAGCAGCAGCACGACACUCUCCAGCGGCGUGUCCAGUUCUUCGGUGCCACCACCAUCACGAUUCCAUAAGCCAAGGCUUAGUUUGAGCAAUAGUCUGAGCGGUGGCACUGGUGGUACUGCUGCUGCUGCUGCUGCUGCUGCUGCUGGGAGCUGUGGAGGUGGCCUCACGACCACCAGCAUGCCAUCGGUACACGGCCGAACGGGUCCAAGCGGGGGUGCCGGCACUGGUGGCGCCGGUUCAUCUGGUAUGCCCCCACCAAAGACGAGACUUUCAACGCACCAAAGGAAUCUUAGUUUAGAUUUUAGAUCAAUGGGAAUUCUAUUACCUCCAGUUUCGCAAGUGACCAACACGCGCAUCAACAUGACACAGCAUCAUCGGAAUCGCAGUCUGGACAGUGCUCUGCAACGAAUACCGGAGGUUGAGGUGUCCUCACCGAGUGCGGAAUCGGAAAACACGCUCCACUGUACGAACGCCAUCCUGAGUGGAACGAUGUGCAGCAAGAUCAUCCAAUCCUCAUCGUCCACCAAUCCGACCAACACACCGAACAUUACCGGCAGGGGGAGCAAACUGCAGGGAGCCGAUGGUAUGGGAUGCAGGCAAGAAGGCAAACCGACGAUCGGUGGUGGCUGCUCCUCGAGUGCUGGAGGCGGGUCGAUGCCGGGCUCAACCGAUAGGACAAUCGCUGGACGACAGCAACAGCAGCAGCUAAUUGGAAAGAUGGAACUGCUGGAGCAAGGGAUUGGUGCAUCCCGCGCACUGAAAGGGGCACACUUGGGCGACGUGGAAUCGUCGUUGUCGAGUGCCAAGGAAAGCGAAAGCAAAAAGCGUGAGGAUCUGACGAGCCUUGGAUCGGAUGAUUCCGGUAUCAUCUGUGGCUCGGAACCGGACCAUACCUCACUGACGCGCAUUCGUCGUUCGAGGGAGAGCCUCGAUUCGGGCGAGAUCGAUCCGUCCGAGGAGGAGUGCAUCGAGAUACUGGAAACGACCUCGAUGGACGAGGAGUACCGCAUGCUACAGUCUGAUCUGUGCUUCUAUCCAACCACCGUGGAUGGUUGCAACAUUAAUAAUAACAACAACAACGAGGUAAAAGCGACGACCGAUGAGCUUGGUUGUGGCGAUCAGCUCCAUCACCACCAAGCGACGGUAACAGCAGCUUCAGCCGACGCAAUCAGCGAUAAGGUACGCUACCGGCAACGGAAUAUGACCCGUGCGGCGAUCAUGCUCGAAACACUGUUCGUUCCGAUCGAUUACGAGGACAACGUGCCGACGACGCAGGCCGAUAACAAUGCUGGCGGUGAGGGAGAAGGAGACGAGGAUCCGGAUCUUGCAGACGCACCGACGCCCAUCAUCGGCGAAGGAAAGUCCCUGACCACGCCAACCAACGCACCGAUUCCCGAUUUUUUGCCAUCCACUACCAUCACCACCACCAACACCUCAACAGUGCCAACGAUGGGAGCUGACCAUGAGACUACCAGUCCCAGCGGCAACAGCUCGACAGCAGUAGCCAACAGCGCAGGUGGCACAAGUCAAAAACCGGCCAGCAACACCGACCAACAGCAGCCGCAGCAGUCGAAGGCAGAUCAGAAGAAUGAAGUGAUCUUUCGGAACUUUUUCGGUGCCACGAAGAAUGCCAUCUUCCGCACGGCACAGAGCAUCAUCGAUAAUCACGAGAAGAAGCAUGCGAAGAACCGCGAGAAACAGAGCAGCAGCAGCAGCACAGUGGCGGCGGAUGAUGGUGCUGCUACUGGAGGUGCCAACGUGACAACGACGAUGGGAGCGACCGGAGCAACGACCAGCGUAGGUAGCUCGAUCAUCAAAUCCCCAACGGAAGCGAUACGAAGGCGCGAGUUUGGCAGCAUGUUCGGUUCGCGAACGAAGCACCAACAGCAGCAGCAGCAACAGCUUCAAAGUCCACCACCACCACCAACCCCGACGACACCGGCAACUGCUGAAAUGGAUCACCCCGAAUCGGCAUGCGAUAGAAUGUUGCUAGUGGCACCGAAAGCAUCCCUGUCCAAAUCAUCCUCAACCGCUUCGCUGAAGGUGGUACCGGGAGUAGCAGUAGCCGCUACGAGUACGGGAUCAUCCUCCACGAUGACAACGGCUGGUGGACCAGCGUGUUCCAACGGCAGUACUGCAUCACGUGACGAAUCGCAGCUACGGUCCGAACGUGCCGGGCAGAGUGGACUGUUGCGAUUCUUUGAAUCGCCCGUCUUUAACAUCCACUUUGCCGUGCACUAUCUGUUCUA